AGCUUUCGUUACAGACGUUAAAAUGUAUUACUUAUGUCUUUUAUUAACUGUGGCAUACGCACUGCCAACGGAAAAGGCAGAGCCAAUAGAGGCCGCAGCACGGGCUAUGGGCAAAGAUUGCUCCAACGGGAUUUUCAGCCCUACAUGUUUAAAAAUAGAGGCCAUAUCGCUUUUGGAGAAGUUAAAUUCCAGGGAAGAACUACAGUUGCUCCCAGGCGUCAGUGUUGUGAAAGAAGAAAAAGAGAACAGCAGCAAAGCUGAUGAGUUUGCUGCGGAAUUAGCCAGAGCGUUGCCAUCAAAACCUGAUGAGAGGCUGGAUAAAUUCCUUCUUUAUAGAUUAGGAACCUAUUUGGAUACCCACUCAGUGAAGCUCAGGUUAUUGGAUGAUGGUGCUUCUGAGGAUGCAAGAGCUUUGAUUAGUGAAGGAAGAGGGAAGGGUGGUGGUUUUGGUGGUGGCAAGAAGGGUGGCAUGGGAGGACUAAUGGCUGCCGGGCUUAUGAUGAAAGGUACUCUAAUGUCAAUGGGUAUGGGGGCACUCGCCCUUUUAGCGGGAAAGGCGCUGAUGACAGCGGUUAUGUCACUCGUACUGUCAGCUGUCAUCGGCCUAAAGUCUCUGACAUCGGGCGGGAAGUCAACCACAUAUGAAAUAGUAUCUAAGCCUGUAUAUUCACACUCACACUCACAUUCCACUGCACAUGAAGAUGCAGGGAGCUAUGGACACUCCGGUUAUGGUAGGAGCAUAAAUGCAAGACGUUGAUAGCUGUAUUUUAAAGGUUCUUUGAAAAUCCAGUUAAUAUUAAGUUUAAUUUAUUUAUUUAUUUAUUUAUGAAAUCCACGAUGUGUUGUUGUAAGCAAACGUAAGUUUUAAAGAAGAAUUUCUUUACAUUAAAUAUCGAUCAUGGGUAAGAGAAAGUAUAUCUUAGUUGUAUAUUUACAGUACGUUGCAUUAUUAUAUUAACAAAACAAUCUUAGAUGGAUUAAAGUAAACAAUGCAUUUAUUAAAAACGUUUACAAAUAACAUAUUUAAGAACAUUAUUUAUUUCGUAGUUUUUAUAUAAACCA